ACCGCUGGAAUCUGAUAUCGUGGGGGUGAGGUGAGAGCAGGCCCAGGGAGGGAGGUUACCACUGAGGAGCUGCAGCUGCUAUCAAGAUGAUAGAAGUAUUGACAACAACUGACUCUCAGAAACUGCUACACCAGCUGAACACUUUGUUGGAACAGGAGUCUAGAUGUCAGCCAAAGGUCUGCGGCUUGAGACUAAUUGAGUCUGCACACGAUAAUGGCCUCAGAAUGACUGCACAGCUGAGGGACUUCGAAGUGAAAGAUCUUCUUAGUCUCACUCAGUUUUUUGGCUUUGACACGGAGACAUUUUCUCUAGCUGUGAAUUUACUGGACAGAUUUCUGUCUAAAAUGAAGGUACAGCCCGAGCACCUUGGAUCUGUUGGUCUGAGCUGUUUUUAUUCGGCUGUAAAAUCAAUAGAAGAGGAAAGGAAUGUGCCACUGGCAACUGACUUGAUCCGGAUAAGUCAGUAUAGGUUCACGGUUUCAGACUUGAUGAGAAUGGAAAAGAUUGUAUUGGAGAAGGUGUGUUGGAAAGUCAAAGCUACUACUGCCUUUCAGUUUCUGCAACUCUAUUAUUCACUCAUUCAAGAGAACUUGCCAUUUGAAAGGAGAAAUAACCUUAAUUUUUAAAGACUGGAAGCUCAACUUAAGGCAUGUCACUGCAAGAUCAUAUUUUCUAAAGCAAAGCCUUCUGUGUUGGCUUUGUCUAUCACUGCAUUGGAGAUCCAAGCACAGCAGUGUGUGGAGUUAACAGAAGGAAUAGAAUGUCUUCAGAAACAUUCCAAGAUAAAUAGCAGAGAUUUGACCUUCUGGCAAGAGCUUGUAUCAAAGUGCUUAAUUGAGUAUUCAUCAAACAAGUGUUCAAAACCGAAUGUUCAGAAGUUGAAAUGGAUUGUGUCUGGGCGUACUGCACAGCAACUGAAGCAUAGUUACUACAGAAUAGCUCACCUUCCAACAAUUCCUGAAAUGGUUCCUUAAUUCAUGAAUUUGGAUCAUUGUUAUUCUCCAUAAAGGAAAUUAUCAGUGCUAUAAUUUUCUUUUACAAUGGAAGAAUUAAAAUAUCAUUUCUCUUCAAAGUAAAAAAA